ACAGUCUCAGGCUUUUCGGAGCACCUCACUCUCUCUCUCUUUGGAUCUUUGAAAUACAGAGUGGACCGGAGGUAAUCCCCACCAUGUGAGUGGGCGGUGCGGGUACCGGAGGCGUGUUUUUGUUACUUCUUUUUCUUUUUUCCCCCCCAUUAUUCAAAUGCUGGUGUACCUAUAAAAAGAGCGCCUGCGUGCGUCAGAUAGUUUUCUCCAAUGGGUAAAGGUGACUAAGUACUUGUUGUCUCUUCUGCUGGCCCAGUUGCAUCCUAUCGGCAGGGGGAAGAGAUGAUGCACGACUCCGGCGGUGUCCAAAUGGCGAGGGUGUUGAAGCAUGCCACCCUGUGCCUGAUGCUGCUACCCCGGUUCCUGGUGGCCGCGGUCAUGCUGUGGCUCCUGGAUUUCUUGUGUAUUAGGAAAAAAGUGCUGCUUAAAAUGGGAGCGAAACAGGACAGCCCGGACGACCCGCCGGUGUGUGUGUCUGACUCUAACAGGAUGUUCACCUUGGAAUCGCUCAGAGCCGUGUGGUACGGACAGAAAUUGGACUUUCUGAAAUCUGCACACCUCGGGCGCACGGCACCGAACACGGAGGUGAUGACGGUCCAGGAGCGGCAGCAGGUCCGGAUCCUGGACUGCAUGAAAGGGAAAAGACCGCUCAUCCUUAACUUUGGCAGCUGCUCCUGACCGCCUUUCAUGACUCGCCUGUCGGCGUUUCAACGCGUCGUGAGCCAGUACGCAGACAUUGCGGACUUUUUAGUUGUAUAUAUCGAGGAGGCGCAUCCGUCGGACGGCUGGGUGAGCUCUGACGCGCCGUACCAGAUCCCGAAGCACCGCUGCUUGGAGGACAGACUGCGAGCCGCUCAGCUGAUGCUCGCUGAGGUGCCGGGGAGCAACGUGGUGGUGGAUAAUAUGGACAACGAGUCCAACGCCGCUUACGGAGCCUACUUUGAGAGACUUUACAUCGUGAUGGAUGAGAGGGUGGUUUAUCAGGGGGGCAGAGGGCCGGAGGGAUACCGGAUUUCAGAGCUUAGAAAUUGGCUGGAGCAAUACAGGAACAAUCUGAUGAAUUCCCACACAGCGGUGCUCCAUGUGUAGUUUGAAGAUGCUGAACUGCCGGUUCCUCUGCUCAUACUGCUUAAGUGUCCAACUCACAGUGCAAAAUAUUCAGAUGCUGCUAUCAAAUGUUCACACAUGGCACAUUAUGUUGUUUUUUUCUCUGGCAUAAAGAUAUUCAGGACUCUUUGACAAAUAGCCUCAAGUCAUGUACAGGCUGUAGGCUAUUUUAACGUGCUUGUAUUGACCUUAAUUGAUUGCUCAUAGCAAUUGUUUUUAUUUUUUUUGUAUGGAAAAGUAUUGAAUCAGUUGAACCCGGAUUCAAUUAGUGAUCACUCUAUUUUUCUACUGUGUGUGUGUGUGUGUGUGUGUGUGUGUGUGUGUGUGUGUGUGUGUGUGUGUGUGUGUGUGUGUGUGUGUGUGUGUGUGUGUGUGUGUGCGUGCGUGUGUGUGCGUUCAGGCUAAGGUCUCACUCUGGUGUUUCUGUGAAGUUCGGUUUUUAAAAGGCGAAGCCAGAAAACUGACACUGAUGUUUUUGACACCGGGAGCGGGAUCACGUUGGAUGCGUUCCUCGAUGAUCGAUUGCCAAACGAUGUAAUGUUUAAACGAUGUAACGGAACAAAUGUUUUUAAUAAAUAUCAGAUCACACAUGGGUGAUUAACUGUU